UUCUUUCUGUGAAAGGAGAGAGAGAGAGAGAGAGAGAAUUAUUAAAACCAGACAACUGUAAGAUGACUCGGAGUAGAGCAGUCAGUCCUCACUGCCCCAGUCUUUCUCUUCAGUCUUCGACAGAUCUAAACCGCCCAUCAGAGAUCGCUUUGUAAAGGACAUGGCAUCUUUUUCAAAGCAUCGACGCUGACACCACCCUAUUCUACUUCCUGCUGAAUUUCAGUUUAAAGUACCAGGACAACAGGAAAAGACAUGAGGGUGCAAACUUUCUCGAGAGCUCAGAUACUACAGGAGUUUCAUUUCCGAUGCCAGGCACUUGCUGCCAAUGACAACAGGGGCUUUAAAACAGAGUUUGAGGAGCUGAAUGAAGUUGGAAAAGACCUCCCCACCAGAGCGGGGGAAUCAGAGGCCAACAGAGAGAAGAACAGAUACCCCUACAUUUUACCAUAUGACCACUGUCGUGUGAGGCUGUCCGUUCAAAACACCAAUCCACACACUGACUACAUCAAUGCAAAUUUUGUGCCUGGCGGAGGAUCAGAGAGAGACUUCAUCUGCACCCAGGGUCCUCUGCACAACACCAUGGCCGACUUCUGGAGGAUGGUGUGGGAGCAGAACGUCAGCGUAAUUGUCAUGGUGACGGCGCUGAGACACAAGGACAUGGUGCUGUGUGACAAGUAUUGGCCUCUGGAACGAGGGACCGUUUAUCAGGGACUGAUCCAGGUGACAACGGUGACUGUCAAACAGGGUCCAGACUAUUUUAUCACCACCAUUAACCUCAGACAGAGAGACUGUCCAACAGACAGGACAAUCACACACUACUACUAUCACUCCUGGCCGGACCGAGGCGUCCCUAAAGAGUCAACCUCUCUAUGGGCCUUCACUGAACAUGUGCGGCACCACUUGGAAGCCAUUCCUCGUCUGGGGCCGUGUGUGGUGCACUGCAGUGCAGGUGUGGGGCGCUCGGGGACGUUUGUGACGUUGUUGUGGCUGAUGCAGCUAUGCGCUCGGGGGAUCCAGCCUGACAUCCGCGCCGCUGUGGAAGAUCUGCGGCUGCAUCGCAUGUGGAUGGUCCAGAACCUGGAGCAGUACAUAUUUGUACAUCAGUGUCUGCUACAGUGGCUCAGCGGAGGAACAGGACGAACCUCAGCGGGCCCACAGAUUCAGGGAGCCGGUGCAAAAAUGACCCACCCCUCUCAGGAUCAGCCUCACAGCUCCUCCGGACGGGGCGAGCGAACGGGCCGGAGCAGACAACACCGUCACAGACAGAAACCUCCAGCGGACCCGCCGCAGAACACGAUACAGCAGAUUCUACACCCUGGGAACCUUCUGAGGAGACUGCUGCCCUCAUCGUCUCUGUUGAAUCCAGGCUCAAACACCUCCUGAGCUCACAUACCCGUUAAGCUGAUGAUACAAAGACACAAGCAAGCCACUGGGUAAAACAACAACAACAAAUUGCCUUCACACAGUACGAGACAGAAAGGACAGAGACUGCAGAAAUAAUGCUGCGUGUUCUGAGUGACGACAGGCCCUGCAGGCAGAAAACCGGCCCGACGACACGCAGACAAAUGCCGGUGAAGAAAGCACAGCCGCAGCUGUUCCUACUGUAAGGGGGGGGGGGGGGGGAUUUCAGUUGAUCGCCUGCUGUUCAGGUAAAACUCGUUCCUCCGCUGUGAACUGCUCAACCACAAGAUUCAUGGGAACAUGAGGCAAGCUCAAGGGUCACGUCAAUCUUCACAAAAACACGUCUACCGUGCGCACCAAAGAGUUUGGUAUAUAUAUAUUUUGUUUGCCUCCAUUACUGAGAAAGUCAUGGUGUGAUAUGACUUUUAUUUAGAAAAAUCAUUGUGCAUCAUUCCAUAUCACACAAUGCAGACGACCUGUAUGUAAGGAUGCAUGUGCAGAAUUGCUACUGGACUCGCUAGAAAGGCAGACGCAUGGUAAUCGUGGCUGUACAAAAAGGUCAUGUUUCAAAAAACACACAGGCACUGCCAUUCUCCUUAGGUGUCUGAAACCCUUUACAGUACAUGGAGGAGCUAUGAGUAUAAUACAAUAUAGAACAUUGGCGGGCAAAUCCCGCUUCUUAAAGAGUCUUUUGUCUGUCAUGUAAUAAACAUGUAUGAUACUGAGGAGA